GAUAAAGUAAACCAUGAUCUCAGGGUGAAAAUGUUACUUUGUUUGAGCAUCCUCACUCAUUGCUGCUUGGCUUGGCACAACUAGCGCGGUGGCCUGUCCUCGCCCGCCCGCUUGCCGUGCGUCAGUCGCGACCUCGUAACUUUAUGGCUUCCUUUAUUUACAUCUGAACCCUUAACCGCCUAUUAACGGAACACCAUAACCUCAGUUCCCAACGGAUCCGGCGCCUCUUUCACCUCCCCGAUAAAUACACCAUGACCGCCCCUUGAAGAUGCGCAUCUAUCCACUCGAUCUCCCCGCAUCAAGCAUAAUUCACUUCGCGACCGCGAAUUAGCUCACACUCACUUAUGAUUUCAUAGCAACCGCCGGCUUUCAAUCUGCGAACUCGUACGUCCCACAACAACCAUGGCGACCUUCCAAGAAGGAGGUAUUCCCAGGAAGAAGAUCACGACAUAUGGAAAGGCUGCAAGGAGGAGAAUACCGGAAUACCAUGGCUUUGCUUCGAUGGCGCGGAAGUCACAGACGCCUGAUCCCCAGAUCAAGAUCAGUGCGCCAGUCCUUACCAGUAUAGCCCCAGCGGCUCCUUCAAGUCGUCCUACUACACCGUUAAAGCUCAAAUCCGUCCGCGAGAGAUCGGUGUCAACAACACCUUCUGCGAAGUCUGGGAAUAUCUUCGACGUCCCUGUGAGCGAUGACGAGGUUCCAAUACCGAAAUCCAUACAGAAAAAGGCAACGACUCCCAGACCAAAAAAGGCUCGGCCAACACUUGUCUCAAGAGAACCUAUAUCCAGACCUCCUGCGAGCAUCUUCGACGUGCCUGAUUCUGACAACGAUGCGCCUGCCCCCAAGAAUGUAACUCAAAAGCCGAUCCGAAAGCCAGCACCCGAAUCUGCCAAAGUCAAGCCUGCUCUGCGAAGAUCCAUAUCCAGGACACCUGCUCCGCCAUCUCCAGUGAAAGAUAUAUAUGAUAUUCCAAGUGAAGAUGAUGCGCCGGUUAGGAAGGUAGCCAGGACAUCACCAGCAAAACAGGUAAAGGCGCUGCAGAGGCCAUUAUCGAUCACUUCUUCACCUGCCGCAAUGCCGAAAAAAGAUAUGUUUGAUGUCCCAAGCAGCGAUGAUGAAGUGCUUCCUACUCCCAGGCCGGUACAAAAGUUGGUGAAGAAAGCCGUUGUAAAUGGUGUCUCACAGGUCACUCACAAGCCACCUACAAGCGAUGCGGAGGAUAUGGCAAGCAGGAAGAAGUUGAAGCUGUCCCCAGAUGAGCCCGCUCUGAAGCGACUGCUGGGGAAUAAUGCCCGACUUGUGCCAAAGUUGAGCGCAAAGCCUCCAAAAGCUCGGAACACUUCACCAAAGGCUGGUCAAUUUCCGAGGAUGGUAGCCAGGCCAAAGAUACAGGAAUCUCCCAAGAAGCAACCUGGGCCACCACGAACCCCGGACAAACUGAGUGUUUCGCCAGAACCGGAAAUAAGUACACCUUCAAUCAAUCUCAGUGAUGUGGAUAUGAUGGAUGUUGACCCAACCGGACAACAUAUCUCGCCGAAGGGGAAAGAAAUGUGGCAGGCGCUACUGGAGCCAGAAGAGAAGAGUAUAGGUAGCAGCAGUGCCGGAAGUGAGAGUGAAGUGGUGGAGGCGAACGCAGUUCAAAGGAAAGUCCUAACAGCUGCACCGAAAGUACGAAGUCCUUUGGCACGACCGGCCGGGAUAUCGAAACCUGCCCAGAAGACGACUAGGACCCUUCCAAGGCGGAGACUCAUCGAUUCACUGGUUGAGCAGGCAGCUGAUUCUUCUGACGAAGAGUCGGACGAUGAAGAAGAAGUAGACAACUCGGAAUCAAGCCACUCUGCCGAUCUGGAUAUCGUCAUGGAGGAUGCUCCUGCCAGUCAGACUUUGCAACCUGCUCUGGUCCCGGAGAGUCAGAGUUCUCAAGUGACAGGUCCCAAAUUCACAUAUGCCAAGCAGAGGUCUAUGUUGAACGAGGAUGACCUAAUGUCUCAGUUGGCGAUGGAAUUGCCAACUGUACCACCACAGAAUGCACAAGGAAGAAGAGGGCGACGAGCAUCAAUUCCUACCUUGAAGCCUCUUCCGAACUUUCAUGAGGAGGUAGAUGAUGAAGACGAUUCGGUAGCUGCCAUUAGGAGUGUCCACGAGCUGAGGCAAGCGGGUGCCAAUAACCGCUUCCUCGACGAAGUGCAAGACUUCCUAGAUCGCAUUGGUAGUCCCGGCAAGACUACACCCUCGAUGAGACGUUCUGGCCUCCUUGAUCUUGCACACAAGAUGCAAGACAAGAAUUUUGCUCGCCAAUUCCGCGCAAAUGGUAUGGAGCAGAAGCUAUUCCUACACCUUGGUCUGGAAACAGAGAUAGUGUCUGGCUUCUUAAUGGUCACUAUUCUUGUGUCGCUCCUGAUGGAAGGAAACAUGCCACAUAUUGUUUCACAGUUACGACGGCAAGGUAUCACCAGACUUCUGAUUCGCCUUCUCGAAAGUCAUUCCGGCAUCAAUCUUGUGGCCAAAGAUCGGAAGAGCAACAUGUCCAAAGUUGCUCAGUCCCUCAUUUCAGAGUACCAAGACUACCUCCUUCAAUUGCCAGUCUGGGAGGACCUCAAGCCUCAAUCUAUUUCCCCGAGAACGAUCGCCUUGAAGUGUCUUGAACUCAUGGUCCGUCAAACAAGAGAAGCGGGGAACGCAGCGGACAUCUUCAGCAAAGAACUCACUACAAGCCUCUUUGCAAUUGUCAAGUCAGCCACCGAUGCUCGGUCAUGGGCUUUACCGAAGGAGAAAUCUGCUAUUGAUUUCUACCUAGCCCUGUCCGCCUUGGAAUCUCAUUCGAUUACGGCAAGGACUGUUCAAGAUGAGACAAUAUGGAUCAACGAGUAUCUUCCCAUCAUCGGGGAUACUCUUCAAAUUGCAUUAACGCGGCCUCUUGAGGAGAUUGGGGUGUUACAAAUCCUGCUUCUGCGCUUGACACUCAAUGUAACGAACAACAAUCCAAGAGCUUCGGACGUCUUUGCACGAGCAUCGUUGGUGUCAGCAAUGGGCCAAGUAGUGGUCACGCGGUUCAACCAGAUUUCUCGCUUCAUGCUCGAGGAGGAUCUGUCAGUAGCGGUUGACCACCUCAUUCUCGUCCUAGGAGUCAUGAUCAACUUUGCGGAAUGGAGUCCGGCAUGUCGAGAAAGUCUCCAGACACUACAGGGCGAUACCAGUGACCCACUCGAUGGAAUGGUCUCUGCGUUCGCGGAUAGUCUGGAGCGUACAUCUCAGGCGGAUUCAGUCCAAGAAUCUCAAAAGAACGUCGCAUUCGGGUAUCUCUCUGUUCUUCUAGGUUACCUCUCCCUCUUGCCUCAACUAGCAGAACGCAUCCAAGCCCACCAGCCGAGGAAGACCCUCCGUCCUAUCGUCGCUUCUAUUGAGGAGUUCAUUGGUCAUCAUAAGACUGUGGACAUGAUCGCUGCUGAUGAGGAGGGUUAUUCUCCUCAAACGGGCCUUACCGAACGACUUGAGGCUUUGGUAAAGAAACUGAAGGGUGUGAAGGGGUUGAAGGUGUAGGUGGAGGGGUACAUGUACAUGUUGAUGUUUGUGUGUAUGUGUAUGUGGUUAUCUGUUGCGUUAUCACGUUUAUGCACCGGGUUAGUUCUAUGCAUUAUGGGAAAACGGAAGAGCAGCGUAGCAAGAAGGGGAAAGAAAAGAAAAGAAAAGAAGAGAGACAGGGAGAAGGAUAUCUAAGACCUACCUACCUACUUGCAAUGCAUGGUACUAUAUGCGUAGGCUCGGCCCGAGAUGAAGUUUUGAUUUUUGUUUGUAACUUUGUCUGGUCAUGAAUUUCCUUGCAUGUCGGACAAGGAGAGAAGAGAUGGGAGGGAUGGGAUGGUGGGUGGUAUUUGUUGGGUGUUCGCGGGCGGCGCGGGUGUCUGGUUAUGUUGGUUGGUUGGCUGGUUGAUAUACCCAUAUGUAUGCAUGCAUACAUCUCGACAGAGAAAGGAGAAAGUGAGAUAUCAGACUUCCUUUUUUGCAGACGCGCUUGUAGAUAGAUAGAUAGGUGUGAACAUAGAGAGUUAUUGGUGUAAUGUGUAAUGUGCAACAUUAGGCAGUCAUUGCCUGCUGGCUGGGAGGGUGAGAUUGGGAGGUGGUGAUGGGAGGUAAGUAGAUUGUACAGAGUGUGGUGUGUAGAAGGGGAUUGAGGGGGAGGAUGGGUAUGGUAUGGUAUGGUGGGAAAGGUAAAUGCAGAUGUAGAUGUAGAUGUAGA